AAUUGUUUUCCUGGUGAACAAAAACGAAUAUCGUAAAUCGAGAAUAAAAUCGAUAUUUUCUACACGCAGCUGUCUUCGGACGAUUCUGUUCGACGUCGAUCAUGACAGUCACUUGCGACCAAAACUGUCAUUUUCGUUCGACGCAAGUCGCCGAUCAUCCAAAUGACUGUUUUUACGAGUCGACAAAUACCAAAUAAGUGUCUUACGUUCGAUAAGUCAUUUGCACUGUUAUAUCUACGUGGUUUUUACGGGCCGGUGAGGGUCUUCGGUUAUGGUUAAUCAUCGAAUUUCUACGUUCCCCUGGAUCAUCGUCAUCGUGGUUAUUCUUGUCCUAGCUCAAUCGGUAAAUUGCAAAGCGCAUAGAGAUUCGCGCUCGCAACUGCAUCAACGGUCUCAUUAUCACCGUCGUAAGCCACAUACCAAAUUUCAUCGUCAUAAUCACCAUCACCACCAUCAGAACCAUCAUCAUCCGUCAAUGAAUACAUUUCCACGAUCGAUUAAAACCAACGAUUCGAACAGCCCUUCCAAUAUUACAACGCUUCUCCGUUCUGCAAAUUAUUCAUUGAACGAAUCACGAAUUUUUCUCCUUCCGGAUGUCAACUUGACAAGUAACCCGAAGAUCGAAUCUCUUUUCAUCUCCCCGUGGAACAAGACCAAUUUAUUUGGUCCUUCAAAAAAUCAUUCUUCUUUCGAUCUUUAUGACACAUUCAAGAAUCCUAGCAAAAAAGAUUUCAAGCUUGAAGUAACAACGAAUGUUUCUAAUGUUUGGAAUUCAAGUGCAGAAUUCCAUCGCACUUUUCCAUCGAUCCAAAUCGAUAACGUUUCACACGGUUUUUCUACUGUUGAAAGACUUCAAGACUCGACUUCUCUAUCGACGAGCUCAACUUCUCCGUCCCCGUCGCGACACGUAGUCGAUAAUAAAGAAACUACUGAUAACUUUUCAUCUUUCGAAAAUCGUAUUAAAAUCAAUGACGACUCGGCUUCACGACCCACAAAUGUAACAAAUGAGUUGAUUGCAGUACGAAUACUCGAGGGUUCAAAAAUCAAAGAGUACGAAAAAAUGUAUACUAAAGCGGUUGAAGAAAAUGCCACUGAACUUGCUUCUGUGGCGAACAAUUCAAGAUCGAACGAGUCGGAGAGCCUUGAAACCGUUACUGGCCAAGCAAUUUCGAGUGCAAGAAACAAUGCGUCAACGCGCAAUCGUCAAACAUCCAUAAAAGAACUUCAAGCAUUGCUUGGUCCCGCUGAAGAGUCAAGAAACUUUACUGACAUUGUUGAGACUCCAUCGGUUGUACUGAUCCGUAAAAAAAGAUCGAGUGAAAACGGAGAAGAGAAAAAAAUAGAACUACGAACUCUUCUCGAUUUCAAUGGUCCUAACAUGUCCGAAGAAUCCCUUGAAGAUUUUUCAAGCAAUGUUCACAAACGCGUGAAACGCAAUGAUCCAUUGAACCGCGGCGAAAAUCCCUAUGCGCUGGACCCGAAUUAUCUUCAGAAUUUGGAGGAUUCCUUUGCACUAAGUGCACUGGAAGUCCAGGCACAAAAAUCGGACGAAGAGCAAGCUCGGAAAAGCAAACAUUUACAAAACGCUUCCCAAUCACUCGAUAAUGAAUUGAAAUUUAAACGAGACGCGAAUAAUGAUCGUUGUGAAAGAAAUAUUGAUAAUGUUCCAGCGAUAAAUGAGAAUAGUAAAAACAGCGAUCGACAGGAAAUGGAGGAGAAAAAUGUUUCGGUAGACUCUUCGACAUCUUCUCCAGAUGAUUUGGCGAAGCACGAUAAAUUCACUCGUAAUAAAGAUCUCAGUGAAAUGAAUAAUUCGAAAGUGACUUUGAUCCCUUUGAAUGGAUCGGAAUCGAACGAAAAAAUACGAGAAAAUAAAAAAGACGACGAAUUAUUGAAUGAACAAGAAUCUGUAGCUGACAUUGAACACUCGGAGGGUCAUAAUGGCGCCGUCUCACGAAACCUAUUUGGUGACGUAUCUUCAAAUCUGAUUGGCGAUUUUCAGCCGGUAUCGGUGGUACCUCCUCUCGUGAGAGUCAAGAGAUUCGGAAAUGGUUCUGUCGGUCCAGGGCCUCUGGGUCCUCGGUAUAGAAACGAGCAACCUGAUUCAAGUAAAAUGGCUCUAGAAUCUUAUGCCAAUGACAAUAAAGUAAUUGAUUCAAUUCUGGAGAAAAUGAACAGUGAAAUCGUGGAGAAGGGGCGAUACGAUUCGUUGAGAAAUAAACGAGACACCGAAUCUUUAACGAAAAGUAAAAGAAGACUUGGUCGCAGUCGCCGUCGUAAAAUCAAGAAGAAACGGGGAAGGAAGAAAAAAAAGAAAAAACACCGAUCCCGGAUGAAAGAUUAUAAGAGGAGUGCGCCGCUCCUCUCGAAACAGAAAUACCAAGAGGAAGCUGCACAAUACAAAAGAGACUGGGCGAAGGACCAACAAUAUAAUUUUCAUGAAGUUGAUGAUCAGGACGUAAUGUCGCCUCGCGAUGGCAGACGUCGACGCGAUGACGAGGACGAGGCCGAUGACAGUUUGCAUUAUAACGUUGAACAACCUGCUUUGGGACAAGUGCUAAGGAAACUGCGUGAAUCGGAUGAUUAUCGAAAGAAUCUUAGCGUCGAUGAUAGACGACGAAACGCCGAAGAACGUGACGAAAUUAUUGACGGAAAAACGAAUCGUGAAAAAAGAAGAACUCGAAACGACGCAGAUGCAAAUGGUACAUCACAAAUUAGUGAUAAAAAUUUGAUCGGCCCAAAAAUUGAUGAACCCAUUAGAGAUAUCAAGGAUCUGAUCCAGAAACUUCUUGUCAAAGUAUCUUCGUAAUAUCUAUUUGAUUUUUUUUUUAUUGUUCCGUCUGAAAAAAGUCCCGAGUCAUUUUUCCCUAAAAGGCUACCAUCUCAUUUCAUUAUUUUCAAGGUAAAUGAAUUACACGGCUAUAUUAAUCAUGGUACGGCGGACGCACAAGCGAACGAGAAUUCUGAGAUUUCGGAAACAGCUAAAAAAUGUUCUCUAAUCGUCGACACACCAAAAGUCAUUCCAGGACUAAAUGUGACUGAAAAUUCGAUAUCGAAACUGGACAAUUCCAUGGUGAGAAUUUCUUCCGUCCCGUCGCUGGACAAAGUUUCUUGAUUAAGCAGAGAUGCCGUAAGUCCUGCUGCGAACAUUCAGAAUCCGAGUGCAAUGGACCCAAGAAUCAUAGGCCGUUGAAGUGCAUUGGUGGCGAUCGUAGGAGAGUGCGAAG